AUGAAUCGUCUAUAUCAAAACUGCAUGUUUCUCUACGUCUACACAGAUGUUUGCGUCCGAUUGUGCGCUUCGAUUUUUUACAUAAUGCUGGAAGCAAAGUUUGCUCUCAGAAUUCCUGCCCUUCGCCCCAGUUACACGUGGGGACAAUGGCGCUCUUUCAUACAGUCUUCAUUCUAUGGCCGCACUUUUGUGGCAUUCUCUGGACCGUCCAUGAAAAAUUAUAUAACUAUUUGCUUUCUAUUGAAGUCUAUUGAAGUUAGCGUGGAUAGAACGGCGUUACAUGGCACAUCAGCUGAAGCUAGCGCAAGUAAUUUUCAACGCAUUCAAACGAAAAACUUAUCUAAAUACAAUUGUAACAUACCGGCUUGCUGUGUGUGA